AGAGAGGACCGGAGGACCGCGGAACCACAGAGGAGGCAGGACCUGGUCCAGGUGUGACCGCUCUCCAGGUGACACACGGCUUCCUGUGGUCUGACAGACAGAGCGGAACCAGCAGAGCGGUUCGGUCUGGGUGCUACCUGAGCAGCCCGCGUGCACAGCAUACCGACUCCUCCGAGGUCAUCAUGCCAAUCGACAUGGCCUUACCUCUGUUCCUGUCCAAUGAGGACUUUGUCUUCGGGACGUCUCCUGAGGCCUGUGGACCUGCUCUGAGCUCCUGCCUCAGGUUUCAGCACUCGCACUGCGUCGAUCAGAGCGACGACGGCCGGUCCUCCAGGAAGAACUCGAGGAAGGUGAAGAAGCAGGUGACAUUUGCCGACCACAGAGGUCUGUCUCUCACCAGAGUGAAGGUCUUCUCCCAGUUCAACGACCCCAUCGACAUCCCUCUGAACAUCCAGGAGAUGCUCAGCUCCGCUCUGUCUCUGACGGCUGAGGAGGACAAACUGGUGCUGGACUUCUCUCAGCCCUCCUCAGACUACCUGUGCUUCCGUCAGAGCCUGGAGAGGAACUACGUGUGCCUGGAGCACUGCCUGCUGAAGGACAAGGCUAUAGAGGGAACCGUUAAAGUCAAGAACCUGUCCUUCGAAAAGUCCGUGAAGCUGCGGGUGACCUUUGACACCUGGACCAGCCACACGGACGUAGACUGUGUUUACAUGAAGGACACGUAUCCCAGCUCGUACAGCGACACCUUCUCCUUCCACGUGUCUCUGCCCGCCGAGCUGCAGCCUCACGAGCACGUCGAGUUCGCCGUCUGUUACGAGGUGGAUGGACGCCAGUACUGGGACAGCAACCAGGGGAGCAACUACAGGGUGGUCUGGUCCUCCAUGAAGAAGAUCCAUCAGCACGCCUGCAGCCGCCACACCGACUCCUUUCACUUCGGGAUUCACUUUGACCGAUACGGCAGCCCCACCUGUUCACACGGGAUCUUCCCUGAUUGGCCGAGUUAUGCAGGAUACGAGAACACGGGCCCGUACUACUGAACAGGAAGCAGACGUCUGCGGUCCUCCGACCCUCUUCAGACCCUGUCAACAUCAGUCCUGACUGGUCCAAUCAGCUGUCAGUGCAGGUGUGAGCGAGACGUCACUCAGACCACGUUCAGAGGUGGUGGACCAGGGACCUCAACAUCACCAGACUCCCUUAACAAAUGUGCUGUUUUAAGAAUUGAUUAAUGAGGAGAAACUGAACAGACUCAGUGAAACGGCUGCGACAGAUUCUAAAUCAUUCUCUCCUUCUUGUAAAUUCAGCUUCAAAUCAGAACAUGAGGUUGUUUGUUUGUUUCUGUGAGAAACGUGUGAAUGUGAAGUGUUGGACUGAGAGCUGAACACUGAUCGGAUCAGGACGGAUGAAGAUUCGUCAGCGAACGUUGUUGUCCUGAACACUAAAUAUGGCCGAUGCUGUUUCUUCACUGGUGUCACCUGGUGUCACCUCAACCUGUCAGUGUGUUGUGAUCACCCUCCUCUGCUGAUUAUUCUACUGAUGAUGAUGAUGAUGAUGAUGAUGAUAAUAUUGAUGUCUAACCCUCGUCUCAGUGGAGGAACUGUAGCCUGGAUAAUUAUUUUUAUUUUCAUUUCAAUAUUAGAAUUGUAUAUUAACAAAGUGUAAAUGGAUGCAUGGUUGCAGCUGUGCUGAGUGUCCCUGCAGCGAAGGUUUAAUGUUUUACAGGACACGUUGCUCCAGAUGUUUCUCAACGCUGCUGUGGUUUCAUUUCACAAUCCUCUGGUUUCCACACAGCAAACCAGCUUUUAAGUUUGAACCUGUUCAGAACUGAUGUGUAAUUCAUGUCACUGUGUUUUUUGAAAGGUGAGGUUCUUUUAGCGCCUGUCAGUCAGCGUGCAGGGCGUCACACCCUCGACCCUCUCAGUCGCUGCAUUUCAACCUUUUUGCACAUUUUAUUCUGAGCAACCUGAGUCAGGUGUGUUUCUGUGUUAUUUAGCGUUAGCAUUAGCAUCUGUGUCCUGUCUGUUCACUGUCCUGUCGUUUGCACAUGCCCAGUGUUGACCUGUCUGAAAGGUAAUUAAAGAGAUUUUGAUCAAUAAAGUGAAGCUUUUUAA